CCGCCCUUUCCUCUGUCCCUAACUUUGGCCGUGUCGACUUUCUGUUUUGCAGUGAUUUGAUUGCUCGAUCCCAGCUAUGUAACUUGGCUCGGACACACCUCGCCCUGCACCAGCACGGACCCUCCUCUUCAUCUUCAUCACGGGAGAGAAGAAACGAGCGAGCUCCUCCAGUCAGCCGUGCUGUCGUUCGCUCUCCAGGGUGGAAGAUGUCCGCUGGUUUCUCCGGGCCGGAGCCAGUUUAGGAAGAUCUUUUCCCCCCGCGGAGUCUCAUCGGGAAAACGUUUCAUCGCUGUCGUUUAACUAAAGAGGCAACUGUCAGAAGUUGUGGGACCCCCCUCUCUGUCUAAAACCCGGAGCUGUAUGGCUGUGAAACGGCGCCCUGGACUUUCUACCUCCAGUUAAAGGCCGACGUUAUGUCUUCAGUGCCAGGCCAAGGCGAGGACGGGCAGGAGAUGCCUUCAGGCUAACAGCGCUAACCUGAUCUGGGGUCGCCGAGACGAGCUGGCGCAACUGUUUCAACGGCGUCAACACAUUAAAGUGUUUCUUUUUAAGACACUCCUCAGUGGUUGCAGACAGCCAGUCGGUCGGUUGUGAAGUAGAAAAAAAAAGGUGACACAAGAUGCCGAAAUAGCGGUUUCACUUUGUUAGCUAAUUGUUUAAAAUCUCGCAUCGAGACAGUUAACAGUUAAGCUAGCUGUGCUGGUCAGCUGCAGUAUCAUAACAACACAAAGGCAAAGCCCCACUGUCGGGGCUGUUGUCUGUCUAAUACACUAAUGUUGAUGAUCUGCCGAGGCCUGGCAGGUGGACAAACAUGACUACUAACUAUUAACGAGGAAGGUGUGGUAACAGGACUGAUUCUGACUUUGGCACCUGCUUUAAACCUUGUAAAUCACAACAAGUAGGAAAGAGCAGCAGCAGCAGCUCGACCUGGUGACCAUGGAGGGAAACGUGCAACAGCAGAAAGCGACUCCUUUAGCUCGGGAACUGACAAGGACAUUUAACAGCUACAACAAACACACCAUACAGCUAAAGAAGAACCUGAAGGAGACUAACGCUUUCUUCCGGGAAAUAAGGCAGAAUUACAGCAAUGCUUGUGCAUCAACUAUGAGCUCGGAUUCAGCUUCUCUGGAGGCAGGCCAGUUUAGCUUCAUCUCUUUUCCCAGCCAUGAGGAAGAGUUCCUACGAAACACCGUGGGCGCUGCCCCAUACAUCCUGGUGCUAGGUCAGGACUGUGCUGCCCGCUACCAGCUGCUCAACUGCCUUCUGGGGGAGAGGCUGCUGCCACUGGGCCCUGAGGCCGGAGAGGCUUGCGGAGGAAUCGAGGGAGUCUGCAAGAGGCGGAAGCUGUGUUUCACCCAUGGGAGGCAGACGCGGCUCAGCUUGGCGCUGCCUGGCCAGUAUGAACUGGUGCAUCAGCUGGCGGCCAACUGUGGCCGCUGGGAUACGGUUCCCAUGGAGGACCUGGAGAUUCACGAGGAAUGUGAGGAUCCGGCCCACAGGCUAGCUGAGCUGGAGAUCACUCUCCAUCACCCACUGCUACAGGAAGCAAAGGUCAUGGUGGUGCCGUGUCCUAGUGUCCAGCCCAUAGAAGAAGCCCUGGAAGACUGCACUCGCAACGUGAUCCCCAUCAUACUGUAUGCCAUCAACCAGGACUCCCUAAGCACAGAGCAGGUGGCGGAUCUCUGGAAGGUCAAAGAAAUGCUCUCCUUUCCCAUCUGUUUUGUUCGUAUCCCUGACACCAUGCCAGCAGCCUCCCCAGAACCCAGCCGUCGUGCAGAGAAGGAAAAGGAGAGGGAGAAGAGUGCCCUCCAUAAGCAGCUUCUCUCUCUCGGCUUCCUCGGUAACCCGACAGGAAACUGCUCCUGUGGUGCCCCUACACAGAUGCCCACCCCGGGUGCCAAGCCCCAGAGCAUGCUCGGCGAGACUUUCGAACGACUGCAUCGGUUGCUGGUGCCGUUUGCUCGCCAAGUGCUUCAAAACCAGCAGGUGGAGGCUGCCAACCUGCUUAAUGGGCUGCAUUGUCGCUGUCUAGAUCUUUUCAUCAACCAGGCCUUUGACAUGCAGAGGGACCUGCAAAUAACACCACGCAGGCUGGAGUACACUCGUGAGAAAGAGGGUGAACUCUUCAUCUCCCUCAUGGCCAUCGCUAACCGCAAACAGGAGGAGAUGAAGGAGAUGAUUGUGGAGACACUCAGCUGCAUGAAGGAGCAGCUGCUGGAGGAUGCUGCCAAUCUGGAGUUCACAGACAUCAUUGUAACAACUAAUGGAGAGCCUGUUACGUCAAAGGAGAUCAAGUCCUGCAUCCACCAGAUCCAGGAGCUGAUAGUGGUUCGUUUGAAUCAGGCUGUGGCGAAUAAGCUGAUCAGCUCUGUGGACUAUCUGAGGGAGAGCUUUGUAGGAACUCUGGAGCGAUGUCUCAACAGUCUGGAGAAGUCUCACAUUGAUUCUUCCGUCCACAAUAUCACUUCCAAUCACCUCAAACAGUUAUUAAAUGCUGCCUAUCAUGUGGAGGUCACUUUUCAUUCAGGAUCUUCUGUCACAAGACUCUUCUGGGAGCAAAUCAAACAGAUAAUCCAUAGGAUAACGUUUGUGAACCCUCCUGGCAUCACACCAGAGUGGAAGCGGAAAGUGGCCCAGGACGCCAUAGAAAGUCUCAGUGCUGCCAAACUGGCCAGAAGCAUCUGCUCUCAGUUCAGGACUCGCCUAAACAGUUCCCAUGAGGCCUUUGCAGCAUCUCUGCGCCAGCUGGAGGAAGGGCACACGGGGCGUCUGGAGCGCACUGAGGACCUGUGGCUGCGUGUGAGGAAGGACCACGCCCCUCGACUGGCCCGCCUGUCUCUGGAAAGCCGCUCCCUCAGGGAUGUGCUGCUGCAUGGCAAACCUAAGCUCGGACGAGAGUUGGGUCGCGGGCAGUACGGAGUUGUGUACUUGUGUGACAGCUGGGGAGGACGCUACCCGUGUGCUUUAAAGUCCGUGGUACCGCCUGAUGAUAAACACUGGAACGACCUGGCUUUGGAGUUUCACUACACAAGGACUCUGCCCAAGCAUGAGCGACUCGUCGACCUGCACGGCUCUGUGAUAGAUCACACCUACGGAGGUGGCUCCAGCAUCGCUGUGCUGCUCAUCAUGGAGCGACUGCACCGAGACCUCUAUACGGGCCUGAAGGCUGGUUUAUCACUGAGGGAGAGACUUCAGAUCGCUCUGGAUGUGGUGGAGGGGAUCCGCUUCCUGCACAGUCAGGGACUCUUGCAUAGAGACAUAAAGCUAAAAAAUGUUCUGUUGGACAAACAAAACCGUGCAAAGAUCACCGACCUGGGCUUCUGUAAACCAGAGGCCAUGAUGUCUGGCAGCAUUGUUGGAACCCCCAUCCACAUGGCUCCAGAGCUGUUUACAGGAAAGUAUGAUAACUCUGUGGACGUCUACGCCUUCGGGAUCCUAUUCUGGUACCUCUGCACUGGUUCAGUGAAACUCCCAGAAGCGUUUGAGAAGUGCUCCAGUAAGGACCAGCUCUGGAAUAAUGUUAAAAAAGGAGCCAGACCCGAGCGGUUGCCCAGUUUCGAUGAGGAAUGCUGGCAGCUGAUGGAGGCCUGCUGGAACGGGGACCCUUCCCAGAGGCCCCUGCUCGGUAUCGUGGAGCCCAGCCUGCAAAGCAUCAUGCGCCGACUCUGCAACUGCGGCUCAGAACAGAAAAGUAGCAGCCUCGAGGACUCAAACUGAAAACACUCCAGACAAACUAACACACGUGUGAUAGGAAUUCUGAUCAGGAAAGUAUUUUGUAUUUAUUAAGAAUGGAGAAGAACAGGUGACCAAUGAAUAAUGUCCUCCUUGUUCAGUUGUUGGAUUUACGUUAUUUAUGAGGAGUUGAUACAGACCAGAAGUUUGCAAAUAUGUGUGUUUUAUUGUUUGUGCUUUGUCUGUGUAUUUCUAUACAAACUCUACAAUAUGCUUCCAUCGUAGCUCCUGUGCUAAUUGCUACUCGGUCGUAGGAUUGUUACUAGAUGCAAAUUGUUUUAAAAGUAGUCCAUUCCCAGUAUUAUGAAAAAAAUAUAAAUAUAUAAAAGAUUAAUUUUAGAUUGUAUUUAAACUGAACAUUUCUGCAUCUAUACAAAUACAUCUUUUUUUUAAUAAAAUGAUCUGUUACAACACA